CUCGACUCGAUAAAAUCAGCGGAAAGUCUGAUGCAAGUCAUGACUCCAGCCUUUCUCCACCGUGCCGAAUGCACACAGAGGACACGGAGCACGCACCAGGGUAGGAAGAGGAAGACUGGUCUGAUGGGAUGGCGGAUAACAGAAAUGAUACUCCCAAAGCCAGGAAGUUCACAGGGGUUGGUCGGAGGACAGCAAGACGUAGGAGGGGACUUCCCGAGUUCCAGGACCCAGAGCCCAAGGAGUACAAAUGGGCGGAAAGGAGGAGCUCUGGAGAAAAGUUUAUCAUGGAGAAGGUCCAUGAGUUCUUUCAGGAGUGCGGUGGGGACGAGAGGGGAUUCAUCACGCGGGAAGACAUGAAGAAACUCCAGGAGAAGUUUCCCUUCAGUUCUGAGGAGUUGGAGACAGUGUUUGAUAAACUCGACAAUGACGACAAAGGCAUUUUGACCCCCGAACAACUCACAGCAGGGCUGAGCCACUUCCUGAGUGAUCAGAGUGAGCCCACGGGUGGUGACGAUCUGAAGGAGCCGUCUGUCUCCCUGUACCAGUCCCCCAGCCUUCAACAACAGAUGGACUCUGAGGACGAGGAGAAGCAGCAGUUUGCUGCCUUGCUGGAGAAACUGGGAGCUAGCGCCAUCUUUGAAGGUAAGACAGAGAUUUGGAAGCUAUGGUCACAGCUCCGAGCCAGCGAGCCCAACCUGCUCGGACACCUGGAGGACUUCCUGUGCAAAGUGAGCGGUCAGAUCGAGGACACCCUGCAGGAGAAGGAGGAACUGGAGCACACUCUGAAAAAGAAGAUGGUGGAGCACAACGCAGACGUGCAGAGACUAUACGAGGAGAUGGAGUUGCAGAUUCAGAGUGAGAAGGAAAGGAUUGAGACUGAGAGUAUGGUCAAGUUCCAGGUACAGAGCCAAGAUUUGCAGAAGGAGUCAGACAGUAAACAGGAUGAGGUGCAGCAACUACUUCAAAUGCAGACACAGCUCCAGGCGGAGAUCGAGUCCCUGCGCGGUCAACAGGAGGAGACCAGCACUGAGAACCAACGGCUCAAAGUGACCAAUCAGGAGAUGGAGACGCGGCUGGAGGGGAUCCAACGGGAGCUCCAGGAGGCCCAGGAUCGGCUGGUCACCCUCCAGGAGGAAACAGCUCACCGGGAGGGGAAGGAAGGAGAGUGGAAUCGAUCUCCUAGUGGAGAGGAAGUGCGCUUGGGAGAAGCUGUUCAGCAGCUCCAGGCGGAGAUCGAGUCCCUGCGCGGUCAACAGGAGGAGACCAGCACCGAGAACCAGCGGCUCAAAGUGACCAAUCAGGAGAUGGAGACGCGGCUGGAGGGGAUCCAACGGGAAUUGGAGGAGGCUCGUGAUCGACACAGAGAGUGGAACCAAUCUCCACACAGUGAGAAGGACACAAGGCCGAGGAGCCUAAAGUCUGAAGACCUUCAGCCCUGUCGGGAAGUCCUGGCCCAUGAAAGUCGCAUCAUCUCCAUCGAGGAGGAGCCCCUGCCGCAGCAGGGCCUGGAGACUGCCGAGCGGGGCAACAGUGUGACGGCUGCUGAAGCUGUCUUUGUGGAGGUGGCUGGUCCUCCAUGGAGAGAUGGUGAAGCGGAUGUUAUCGCAGAGCUCCAGGUGGAGAUCCAGUCCCUGCGCGGUCAACAGGAGGAGACCAGCACCGAGAACCAGCGGCUCAAAGUGACCAAUCAGGAGAUGGAGAUGCGGCUGGAGGGGAUCCAACGGGAGCUCCAGGAGGCCCAGGAUCGGCUGGUCACCUUCCAGGAGGAGGCAGCUAACCGGGAGAAGGAAGGAGAGUCCAGUCAUCCUGCAGAUGGUGUGGGGCCAUGUUCUGAUGAAGCUUUCCAGCAGCUCCAGGCAGAGAUCGAGUCCCUGCGCGGUCAACAGGAGGAGACCAGCACCGAGAACCAGCGGCUCAAAGUGACCAAUCAGGAGAUGGAGACGCGGCUGGAGGGGAUCCAACGGGAGCUCCAGGAGGCCAAGGAUCGGCUGGUCACCCUCCAGGAGGAGGCAGCUCACCGGGAGGAGAAAGAGAGGGAGAGUAAUCUAUCGCCGGACACGGAGCAUGCAAAAGCUGAUGCUGUUGUUCAGCAGUUCCAGGCAGAGAUCGAGUCCCUGCGCGGUCAACAGGAGGAGACCAGCACCGAGAACCAACGGCUCAAAGUGACCAAUCAGGAGAUGGAGACGCGGCUGGAGGGGAUCCAACGGGAGCUCCAGGAGGCCAAGGAUCGGCUGGUCACCCUCCAGGAGGAGGCAGCUCACCGGGAGGAGAAAGAGAGGGAGAGUAAUCUAUCGCCGGACACGGAGCGUGCAAAAGCUGAUGCUGUUGUUCAGCAGUUCCAGGCAGAGAUCGAGUCCCUGCGCGGUCAACAGGAGGAGACCAGCACCGAGAACCAGCGGCUCAAAGUGACCAAUCAGGAGAUGGAGACGCGGCUGGAGGGGAUCCAACGGGAGCUCCAGGAGGCCCAGGAUCGGCUGGUCACCCUCCAGGAGGAGGCAGCUCACCGGGAGAAGAAAGAGAGGGAGAGUAAUCUAUCGCAGGACACGGAGCGUGCAAAAGCUGAUGCUGUUGUUCAGCAGUUCCAGGCAGAGAUCGAGUCCCUGCGCAGUCAACAGGAGGAGACCAGCACCGAGAACCAACGGCUCAAAGUGACCAAUCAGGAGAUGGAGACGCGGCUGGAGGGGAUCCAACGGGAGCUCCAGGAGGCCCAGGAUCGGCUGGUCACCCUCCAGGAGGAGGCAGCUCACCGGGAGGAGAAAGAGAGGGAGAGUAAUCUAUCGCAGGACACGGAGCGUGCAAAAGCUGAUGCUGUUGUUCAGCAGUUCCAGGCAGAGAUCGAGUCCCUGCGCAGUCAACAGGAGGAGACCAGCACCGAGAACCAACGGCUCAAAGUGACCAAUCAGGAGAUGGAGACGCGGCUGGAGGGGAUCCAACGGGAGCUCCAGGAGGCCCAGGAUCGGCUGGUCACCCUCCAGGAGGAGGCAGCUCACCGGGAGGAGAAAGAGAGGUGAGGGACCCCCGCAAACUCCUCAGUCUCUGUGUGUUCCCUCCCCCUCCAGUUCCAGGCAGAGAUCGAGUCCCUGCGCAGUCAACAGGAGGAGACCAGCACCGAGAACCAACGGCUCAAAGUGACCAAUCAGGAGAUGGAGACGCGGCUGGAGGGGAUCCAACGGGAGCUCCAGGAGGCCCAGGAUCGGCUGGUCACCCUCCAGGAGGAGGCAGCUCACCGGGAGGAGAAAGAGAGGUGAGGGACCCCCGCAAACUCCUCAGUUGAUCCCUCUGUCUGUUCCCUCCCCCUCCAGCUCCAGGCGGAGAUCGAGUCCCUGCGCGGUCAACAGGAGGAGACCAGCACUGAGAACCAGCAGCUCAAAGUGACCAAUCAGGAGAUGGAGACGCGGCUGGAGGGGAUCCAACGGGAGCUUCAGGAGGCCCAGGAUCGGCUGGUCACCCUCCAGGAGGAGGCAGCUCACCGGGAGGAGAAGGAAGGGCUCCAGAGAACUCGUUCCAUCCGACGCCGAGCCGUUCCCGGAAAAACGCACACACUGGGAGAGGAGCCUGGACCGAGGGUCGAGGGUCAGGACAUGAGCCUGGCAGCAGACGGAGGUGUGGCCCGUGAGGAAAAGACAGCUGCCUCAGAGAGAAUUGAAGAGCUCCAGGCAGAGAUCGAGUCCCUGCGCGGUCAACAGGAGGAGACCAGCACCGAGAACCAGCGGCUCAAAGUAACCAAUCAGGAGAUGGAGACGCGGCUGGAGGGGAUCCAACGGGAGCUCCAGGAGGCCCAGGAUCGGCUGGUCACCCUCCAGGAGGAGGCUGCUCACCGGGAGGAGAAAGAGAGGGAGAGUAAUCUAUCGCCGGACACGGAGCGUGCAAAAGCUGAUGCUGUUGUUCUGCAGCUCCAGGCAGAGAUCGAGUCCCUGCGCGGUCAACAGGAGGAGACCAGCACCGAGAACCAACGGCUCAAAGUGACCAAUCAGGAGAUGGAGACGCGGCUGGAGGGGAUCCAACGGGAGCUCCAGGAGGCCCAGGAUCGGCUGGUCACCCUCCAGGAGGAGGCAGCUCACCGGGAGGAGAAAGAGAGGGAGAGUAAUCUAUCGCCGGACACGGAGCAUGCAAAAGCUGAUGCUGUUGUUCAGCAGCUCCAGGCGGAGAUCGAGUCCCUGCGCGGUCAACAGGAGGAGACCAGCACUGAGAACCAGCAGCUCAAAGUGACCAAUCAGGAGAUGGAGACGCGGCUGGAGGGGAUCCAACGGGAGCUUCAGGAGGCCCAGGAUCGGCUGGUCACCCUCCAGGAGGAGGCAGCUCACCGGGAGGAGAAGGAAGGGCUCCAGAGAACUCGUUCCAUCCGACGCCGAGCCGUUCCCGGAAAAACGCACACACUGGGAGAGGAGCCUGGACCGAGGGUCGAGGGUCAGGACAUGAGCCUGGCAGCAGAGGGAGGUGUGGCCCGUGAGGAAAAGACAGCUGCCUCAGAGAGAAUUGAAGAGUUCCAGGCAGAGAUCGAGUCCCUGCGCGGUCAACAGGAGGAGACCAGCACCGAGAACCAGCGGCUCAAAGUGACCAAUCAGGAGAUGGAGACGCGGCUGGAGGGGAUCCAACGGGAGCUCCAGGAGGCCCAGGAUCGGCUGGUCACCCUCCAGGAGGAGGCAGCUCACCGGGAGGAGAAGGAAGGGCUCCAGAGAACUCGUUCCAUCCGACGCCGAGCCGUUCCCGGAAAAACGCACACGCCAGGAGAGGAGUCUGGACCGAGGGUCGAGGGGCAGGACAUGAGCCUGGCAGCAGAUGGAGAAGUGGCCCACGAGGACACGGAGGCUGCCUCAGCAGGAGAUAAGGCAGCAAGGAGAAUUGAAGAGCUCCAGGCAGAGAUCGAGUCCCUGCGCGGUCAACAGGAGGAGACCAGCACCGAGAACCAGCGGCUCAAAGUGACCAAUCAGGAGAUGGAGACGCGGCUGGAAGGGAUCCAACGGGAGCUCCAGGAGGCCCAGGAUCGGCUGGUCACCCUCCAGGAGGAGGCAGCUCACCGGGAGGAGAAGGAAGGGCUCCAGAGAACUCGUUCCAUCCGACGCCGAGCCGUUCCCGGAAAAACGCACACGCCAGGAGAGGAGUCUGGACCGAGGGUCGAGGGGCAGGACAUGAGCCUGGCAGCAGAUGGAGAAGUGGCCCACGAGGACACGGAGGCUGCCUCAGCAGGAGAUAAGGCAGCAAGGAGAAUUGAAGAGCUCCAGGCAGAGAUCGAGUCCCUGCGCGGUCAACAGGAGGAGACCAGCACCGAGAACCAGCGGCUCAAAGUGACCAAUCAGGAGAUGGAGACGCGGCUGGAAGGGAUCCAACGGGAGCUCCAGGAGGCCCAGGAUCGGCUGGUCACCCUCCAGGAGGAGGCAGCUCACCGGGAGGAGAAGGAAGGGCUCCAGAGAACUCGUUCCAUCCGACGCCGAGCCGUUCCCGGAAAAACGCACACGCCAGGAGAGGAGUCUGGACCGAGGGUCGAGGGGCAGAACAUGAGCCUGGCAGCAGAUGGAGAAGUGGCCCACGAGGACACGGAGGCUGCCUCAGCAGGAGAUAAGGCAGCAAGGAGAAUUGAAGAGCUCCAGGCAGAGAUCGAGUCCCUGCGCGGUCAACAGGAGGAGACCAGCACCGAGAACCAGCGGCUCAAAGUGACCAAUCAGGAGAUGGAGACGCAAUUGAAGGAGAGCCGGCAGGAGCUGCAGGAAGCCCAGAAUCGGCUGGUGAGCCUCCAGGAGGAGACAGAGAGACUGCAGAGGACUCCUUCCAUCCAGCGGCAGCCCUCUCAUGACACUUCAAGCAAACCGGAGACCCUGGGAGAGGGCGCUGGGCCAAGGCUUGACAGCGGAGGCGGAGACGGGCCCCACAAGGAUACGGUGGCCACCUCAGUAGAGAAGCCCCACCACCCCGAACCAAUCUACAAUGUCAUCUUUGUUGGGAGUACGAAUGCUGGAAAAACAUCCUUCAUCCAUAAUUUCUGUGAGGGCUGCUUCCAGCCAGGCCUCCCCUCCACUAUAGGAAUAGACUUUCGAGUGAAGACCCUGAAUGUGGGGAACAGAUAUAUCACCCUAAAGGUGUGGGACACAGCAGGGCAGGAACGGUUCCACAGUGUGACCAAACAGUACUUCAGGAAUGCCGAUGGAGUGGUUGUGAUGUACGACAUUACGUCCACGAGCUCGUUCACUGAGGUGCGCUACUGGCUGUCUUGUGUCAAGGAAGCGACAUCUGACCGUGUCUGUAUUCUCCUGCUGGGGAACAAACUGGACGAAAAUGACCGUCGUCAGGUCCCCCAAACUGAGGGGGAGCAGCUGGCUCAGGAGUACAACAUCUUGUUCAGUGAGUGCAGUGCCUGUACUGGGGACAACACCACCGCUUGCAUGGUGCGCCUGUCCAGGUUGCUGAAACAGCAAGAAGAGAAGAUCAAAGAGGAGCCAACGGAUUUGGUGAAGACGCCUAAAGCGAAACAGAAAUGCUGCAUGUAGUCCAGUCACAGCCUGCAGCAAUGGGACAGGAUACAGUCUGAGACACCCCCACACCACACUGUCCCAUCACGGUGGAACAGGACACAGUCUGAGACACCCUCACACCACACUGUCCCAUCACGGUGGGACAGGACACUGUCUGAGACACCCUCACACCACACUGUCCCGUCACGGUGGGACAGGAUACAGUCUGAGACACCCCCACACCACACUGUCCCGUCACGGUGGGACAGGACACGGUCUGAGACACCCUCACACCACACUGUCCCGUCACGGUGGGACAGGACACUGUCUGAGACACCCCCACACCACACUGUCCCGUCACGGUGGGACAGGACACUGUCUGAGACACCCUCACACCACACUGUCCCAUCACGAUGGGACAGGACACUGUCUGAGACACCCCCACACCACACUGUCCCGUCACGGUGGGACAGGACACGGUCUGAGACACCCUCACACCACACUGUCCCAUCACGGUGGAACAGGACACAGUCUGAGACACCCUCACACCACACUGUCCCAUCACGGUGGAACAGGACACUGUCUGAGACACCCUCACACCACACUGUCCCGUCACGGUGGGACAGGACACGGUCUGAGACACCCUCACACCACACUGUCCCAUCACGGUGGAACAGGACACUGUCUGAGACACCCUCACACCACACUGUCCCGUCACGGUGGAACAGGACACGGUCUGAGACACCCUCACACCACAUUGUCCUGUCACAUACUCGGUUGUCUGGCCAGACUGUCUCACCGCUCUACACCAUGUUCUCCUGUCUGUGUUGGGACAGCCUUCCAUUCUGGUGUCUUACGUCACAUCUUGGCCGCGUGACCUCAAAGCAGACAUUAACAGUCAGCUGAGAAUUCCCCACGAUGGUGAGGAAGGCAAAUGCAAUGUUAGCAUUCAUUUCAUGAGGACUAGAGUAUAAAAGCAAAGAUGUAAUGGGAAGUCUUUAUCAGGCAUGGGUCAGAUGGCAGAGAGUACUGUGGGCAGCUUUGGGGCUCUUACCACUGGACAGAUUCCAGGAAUGAAAGUGUUAAGAUAAGAGGAGCGUUGAAUGGCUCUGGGCCUGUACUCAUUGCAGUUUAAAAUGAGGGUGUACCUAUUGAAGUUUGAAAGGCCUGGGUAGAGUGGGUGUGGAGAGGGUAGUUCCAACAGUGGGCGACUCUUAGACUCUGGGAAGUGAGUGACUGCCUCAGAUCAGGCGGACUUGUGUUUAGAACAGAGAAGAGGAGGAAUUUCUUUAUCCAGAGGCUGCAAGUCAUUGCCACAGACGGUUGUGCAGGCCAAAUCACUGGGUAUAAUUUAAGCAGAAGUUGAUAGAUACCCGGGUCAUCAGGCUUUCACAGGGAAUGGCAGGAGAAUGGGGUGGGCAGGGAAAAUAAUUCAGCCGUGACUCAGAAAUCCACCCUAUCUUCGUGUCAUCUGAAAACUUAUUAAACAACCCUUCCACUUCUCCAUCUGAGUCACAAUGAAAGUCAGCAAACCUGUGGGCACCGGCCUGGUUCUCUAUCUCUGGUAAAUUCAUAGUGAUUUCAAAGUAUUUCACACAAAUAAACGUC